AUGACCUAUAAAGCUACCUUAAGCCUUCUGUCAACACAAGAUAGGUUUGUCCCCAACUUCAAGUGUGACAACGAGAACAAUCUGAUAGGUCUCAUUGGAGGGUGUAUGUCUGAAAUUUCUGCCAACAUGGCCAUCAUUUCAGCAAUCCUCAAGACACCACAGCUCACAUAUGGAUCAUUUUUGCCACUACAAGGUGCCCAAAGUUUAUUCCCAUUUCUAUACCAGAUGGUCCCCAAUGAAGCCUACCAGCACAUGGGUGUUGUGCGGUUACUUCAGCAUUUCAGAUGGACAUGGAUUGGGCUUUGGGCUGUAGAUGAUGAUCGUGGAGACAGAUUUUUACAGACAAUGAUGCCAUUGCUUUCCAUUCAUGGUCUCUGUUAUGCCUCUGUCAUAAGAAUACCCAAAUCGAAUUAUGUGGAUGAGAUGGUGCAUUCCUUUCUAAGGCACAUCGCGUUCAAUAACAGUGUGGGAGAUUCUGUGCACUUUGAUGACAAUGGAGAAUUAGUUGCUUCUUUUGAUGUAACAAACUGGUUGAUUUUUCCCAAUGGCUCACUGGUUAGAGCAAAAGUUGGAAGACUGGAUUCUCAGGCUCCUUUAGGAGAAGAGUUAAUAAUUAAUGAUGAUCAAAUUCUAUGGCAUUCAAGUUUUAACCAGGAGAAUUUUUUGGAAAAAGAAGGGCAAGAAGAAGAAGAAGAAUGUUCAGUGCCUAAGAACUACCAGCACAUCCUGGCCUUCGCAUUUGCUAUCAAAGAGAUCAAUGAGAAUCCCAACAUCUUACCAAAUAUAUCCCUGGGACUCCACAUCCUCAAUAGUUACUACACUGCAAGGAUGACCUAUAAAGCUACCUUAAGCCUUCUGUCAACACGACAUACGUUUGUCCCUAACUUCAAGUGUGACAACCAGAACAAUCUGAUAGCUCUCAUUGGAGGGUGCAUCUCUGAAAUCUCUGCCAAUAUGGCCAUUGUUUCAGCAAUCCACAAGACUCCACAGCUCACAUACGGAUCAUUUUUGCCACUACAAGGUGUCCAAAGUUUAUUCCCAUUUCUAUACCAGAUGGUCCCCAAUGAAGCCUACCAGCACAUGGGUGUUGUGCGGUUACUUCAGCAUUUCAGAUGGACAUGGAUUGGACUUUGGGCUGUAGAUGAUGAUCGAGGAGACAGAUUUUUACAGACAAUGAUGCCAUUGCUUUCCAUUCAUGGCAUCUGUUAUGCCUUUGCCACAAGAAUACCCAAAUGGAAUUAUGUGGAAGAGAUGAUAGAAUUUGCUUUGCAGCAUUUUGAAACCUAUGCAAAAAUCUGUGAGAGAAAGUCCAGUAAGGGAAAUCCCAGUGUGCAUUCCUUUCUAAGGCACAUCGCGUUCAAUAACAGUGUGGGAGAUUCUGUGCACUUUGAUGACAAUGGAGAAUUAGUUGCAUGUUUUGAUGUAACAAACUGGUUGAUUUUUCCCAAUGGCUCACUGGUUAGAGCAAAAGUUGGAAGCCUGGAUUCUCAUGCUCCUUUAGGAAAAGAGUUAAGAAUAAAUGAUGAUGAAAUUCUAUGGCAUCCAAGUUUUAACCAGGUGUUGCCUAUUUCUGUGUGCAAUGACAACUGCCAACCUGGCUACAGCAGGAAAAAGAAGGAUGGAGAAAAAUUUUGCUGCUAUGAUUGUGCUCCAUGUGCAGAAGGGAUGAUCUCUAAGCAGAAAGAUAUGGAUGCCUGUGUCAAAUGUCCAGAAGACCAGUAUCCCAAUAUGGACCAAACUCAAUGCAUCCCCAAAGCUGUAAGCUACCUCUCUUACAAAGAAACAUUAGGGAUUACUUUAGCUAACUUAGCCAUUUCCUUCUCCUUUAUCACAACUUUCAUACUUGGAAUUUUCGUGAAGCACAAGGACACCCCGAUAGUCAAAGCUAACAACAGGACCCUCACCUACAUUCUUCUCAUCUCUCUCCUUCUUUGCUUCCUCUGCUCCUUACUCUUCAUUGGACAGCCUGGAAAGGUCAUCUGCCUUCUCCGACAAACAGCCUUUGGCAUCAUGUUCUCUGUUGCCCUUUCCAGCACUUUGGCAAAAACCAUCACCGUGGUUCUGGCAUUUAUGGCAACCCAGCCAGGAUCCAAAAUCAGAAAAUGGGUGGGGAAGAGAAUGGCAAAUUCCAUUGUCCUCUCCGGCUCCUUUCUUCAAGCUGGCAUUUGUUCUCUUUGGUUAUGUACUUUCCCUCCAUUCCCAGAUAUGGACAUGCACUCAGUGACAGGAGAAAUGCUACUGGAAUGUAAUGAGGGUUCAGCUAUCAUGUUCUACUGUGUCAUAGGCUACAUGGGUUUCUUAGCCAUUGUCAGCUUCAUUUUGGCUUUCCUAGCCAGGAAGUUGCCAGACAGUUUCAAUGAGGCCAAAUUUAUCACUUUCAGCAUGUUGGUGUUUUGCAGUGUCUGGCUGACUUUUGUUCCAACCUACUUGAGCACCAAAGGAAAAUACAUGGUGGCUGUGGAGAUUUUCUCCAUCUUAGCAUCCAAUGCUGGCUUACUGGGUUGCAUCUUUUUCCCUAAAUGCUACAUCAUUGUACUGAGGCCUGAACUGAAUAAGAGGGAGCAACUAAUAAGGAAAACCAAAUGA